AUGGACAACUUCACCUCCCGGAGCACCUUCCUCCUCAUGGGGUUCUCUCACAUCCGGGAGCUCCAGAUCCUGCAUGCCAUGCUCUUUCUGAUGGCUUACCUGGCUGCCCUUCUCGGGAACCUCCUCAUCAUCACCCUCAUCACCAAGGAUCAGGGGCUGCACACCCCCAUGUACUUCUUCCUGAAGAACUUGUCCUUCCUGGAUCUGUGCCUCAUCUCCAUCACUGUUCCCAAAUCCAUAGCGAACUCUCUAAUGAAUCGCAACACCAUUUCAUUCCCUGGGUGUGUUGCCCAGGUCUUUUUCUUUUUCCUCUUAGCCACUACGGAGGUAGCCCUCCUCACGGUCAUGUCCUAUGACCGCUACGUGGCCAUCUGCCACCCGCUUAGGUAUGAGAGCCUCAUGAGUCCUGGGGCAUGUGUGCAGAUGGCCGCCUCCUCCUGGGUCAGUGGAGGACUCAAUGCAGUUCUGCACACAGCCGCUACCUUCUCUGUCCCCAUGUGUGGGCCUCCUGACGUUCACCAGUUCUUCUGUGACAUCCCACAGCUGCUGGCCCUGGCCUGCUCCUACAACGUGGGGGAGCUAGUGGUCAUAGGGCUGAGCCUGCUACUGGACUUCGCCUGCUUUGUGCUCAUGGAUAUUUCUUACCUUCGCAUCUUCUCCGCCGUGCUCAGGAUGCCCUCUGCAGUGGGCAGGUCCAAAGCUUUCUCCACGUGUCUGCCUCAUCUCCUUGUUGUGACUCUGUUCCUCUCUUCUGGCUUUUUUGCCUACUUACGGCCCCUGCCAAAAUCUCCAUCAGUCCUGGACUUGCUGGUUUCGGUAUUCUAUACGCUGGUGCCACCCACCAUGAAUCCCCUCAUCUACAGUCUGAGGAACAAGGACAUGAAGGUGGCCCUGAGGAGGCUGCUGGUGAACAGGUGUCCUCCUUCCAGUUAG